AUGCAUGCACCGAUAAAGCCAUUCCUUGCACAACUCUGGGAGAAGUGUCUUGAAGGAGGCUGCAAUGUCGAGGGAUGGGACGAAGACACGGAAGUUGUCUCUGGUCUUGGGCCUACGGGGGAUACACUCAACGUUCUAGCUCACGGCAACUGGCCACCAGAGUUCCGUCACGGUCUUGUGUGGGGCAUGACCGAGCUGGUUGGUGGACUCUCAGAGCCUUACCGUAUGACAGCGGAUCGACCGCCUGUCAGGGGAGAAGGUGGCAAGGUGGGUAUUGACGCCUUCAAGGCCCCCAAGAACUUCCAUAUCAGCCGAUAUGCCUGGGAUGACGAUCAUUGGGAGAGUCAGGCAUUCAUCAGUCUUUCAGCCUCCAUGGAGGAUGCUGGCUCGUCUACUUGCGAGGCACUUGUUGGUGCUCUGGAGACUGUCAUUGGAGCUUUCAACGACAACAUUGGGUCUCUCAUUGGUGCCGCCGAGCCCGCUUGCGGUGCUACUGGCUAA